UAAAAUAUUUCUGCUGCUCUUCGCGGAUGACGCCGUUUUAUUUGCACAUACGCCUAUGGCACUCCAAUCUAUGCUAAAUGAUUUACAAGUAUAUUGUCAAACUUGGGGACUUAAAGUUAAUACUAAUAAAACAAAAAUUAUGAUUUUUGAAAAAGGCAGACAUACAAGUUACAAUUUCGUAUAUAAUGACAUAGUUCUGGAAAACGUAAAUUUUUUUAAAUAUCUUGGGAUUAAUUUAUUUAAAAAUGGACAUUGGAAUAGAACUCAAAAGAAAUUAGCACAACAUGCUUCGUUUUCAUUGCAUAAUUUAUUUACAGUGUUUAAUCAAUUAGAAUUAUCUAUUGGAGACAAAUUUAAACUUUUUGAUAGUAUGGUAGGCUCAGUUUUAAACUAUGGUGCUGAAGUUUAUGGAUAUCAAGAAGGAAAAAAUAUAGAAACGAUCCAUUGUAAAUUUCUCAGAAAAGUCUUAUGUGUUAAGAAAGCAACAAACUUGGAUGGUCUUUAUGGCGAAACCGGUAGACAUCCAAUGCGAAUACAUCGUAAAUUUAUAAUGUUAAAAUAUUGGACAAAAUUAAUUAGUUUACAAAAUGACUGUCUGCUUAAACGUAUGUAUAAUGUCUUAAAAUUUGAUGCAGAAAACGGUCUUUCUUAUGGUGGUAACAACUGGGCAUGCCAAAUUAAACAGAUUUUAAAUGAUAUAGGAAUGUCGAACAUAUGGAUUAAUCAAGAACAUAUAACAAUAAAUUUUCAACAAGUUAAAAAUAGAAUAUUGGACAUUUACAAGCAAGAAUGGUAUAGUAAUAUAAGAAAUUCUAGUAGACUAUCGUCAUACAGCAUCUAUAAACGCUCACUCGAAACUGAAGACUAUCUUAAUAAAGUUAACAUAAACAAAUUUCGAAUAUCACUUACAAAAUUUAGAUUGUCAUCCCAUAACCUAGCAAUAGAAACGGGUCGAUACGAAAACGUAGCGCGAGAAAACAGACUAUGUACGAAUUGCAAUUUAAACGUGAUAGAAAAUGAAUUCCAUUUUUUGCUAGUUUGCCCCAAAUACUAUAGUUUACGUCGCAAAUAUUUGAAACCAUACUAUUGUCGUUGGCCAUCAAUUCAUAAAUUUGAAAAACUAAUGUCUACAACAAAUACCCAAAUGUUGAAUAACCUGUCAAAAUUUUUGUAUUUUUCAUUUAAAGAAAGAACUGACAACA